GUCGAGAAGUUGAUCGCCUUCUCACCUAAUCCCUUUUACUCAGCCCGCGAAGUCCCGCGCUUCACUCGGACUUCGGAGUGGGCAGUUUUCUGCGCCGGCUAGCGGUUCCGAAGGUAGCGUACGCCGGAUUCUUGCUCCUCCACCGAGUCGCAAUGCUCGUCGGUCUGGCCAUGCCGCCGGGGUUCACAAUUUCCGUCCAAUCAUCCGGCCUGGUUGCCGGAGUCCUCCCGCUCUCCGGCGUUCUCCCUUCUUCCUCUCUCCCGAAGGCGCAUUCCUCGGUCCUUCUCCUGCGCAGGAAAUGUGGAGCUAGGGUUCGCUGCUCCGCCACGAGGGAAUCGUUCGUAUCCGCUUCCCCGUCGGACGUUUCGUCGGGCGAAUUGCUGGACUGCGUGGUGGUCGGAGGGGUCAGCGGGCUGUGUAUCGCCCAGGCUCUUGCGACGAAGCAUCGGGAUGCCGUUGGCAGCGUCAUCGUGACGGAGGCGAGGGAGCGAGUCGGAGGCAACAUAACGACGGUUGAGAGGGACGGGUAUCUGUGGGAAGAGGGUCCCAACAGUUUCCAGCCCAAUGAUGCUAUGCUAACCAUGGCGGUUGAUAGUGGACUGAAGGAUGAUCUUGUCUUGGGUGAUCCGAAUGCUCCACGUUUUGUGUUAUGGGGUGGAAGGCUGAGACCAGUGCCUGCAAGUCCUCUUGAUUUGCCUUUCUUUGACUUGAUGAGCUUUGGUGGGAAACUACGGGCUGGUUUUGGUGCGAUUGGGCUUCGACCACCUCCGCCGGGUCGUGAAGAAUCCGUUGAGGAUUUUGUUCGUCGUAAUCUUGGUGAUGAAGUUUUUGAACGCCUGAUAGAACCCUUCUGUUCAGGUGUCUAUGCUGGGAAUCCUGCAAAACUUAGCAUGAAAGCAGCCUUUGGAAAGGUUUGGAAACUGGAGCAGAAUGGCGGUAGUAUAAUUGGCGGUACCUUUAAAGCUAUUCAAGAGAGGAGAAAAAAUCCUCCACCUCCUCGAGAUCCACGCUUACCUAAGCCGAAGGGCCAGACAGUUGGAUCUUUCAGAAAAGGACUUAGUAUGUUGCCCAAUGCCAUUUCUAAGAGGUUAGGUGCAAAGGUCAAGACCUCUUGGAAAUUAUUGAGCAUUAGAAGGUUGGAUGGGAGAGGCUAUAUUUUAUCAUAUGAAACACCAAAUGGGCCAACUUCUCUCCAGACCAAAAGUGUCAUUCUCACUGUGCCAUCCUAUGUUGCAAGUGGCAUUCUACAUCCUCUAUCUGCUGCUGCUGCAGAUGCACUCUCAAAGUUUUACUAUCCACCGGUUGCAGCUGUUACAUUAUCAUAUCCAGAUGCUGCAAUCCGAAAGGAGUGUUUGGUAGAUGGUGAACUUAAGGGGUUUGGUCAGUUGCACCCACGUAGUCAGGGAGUAGAGACUUUAGGUACCAUAUACAGUUCAUCACUCUUUCCUGGUCGAGCACCUCCAGGGCGUGUUCUGCUUCUUAACUACAUUGGAGGUGCGACAAACACUGGAAUUCUAUCCAAGAGCGAAGGUGAGCUUGUCGAGAGUGUAGAUCGAGAUCUCAAAAAAAUGCUCAUAAGGCAGGAUGCAAAGGAUCCACUUGUGGUUGGUGUGAGGGUCUGGCCACAAGCUAUUCCCCAGUUUAUGAUCGGUCAUCUUGAUCAUCUCGAAGCUGCAAAAGCUGCGCUUAGAGAAGGUGGCUUUCAUGGUCUUUUUCUUGGCGGAAACUAUGUAUCAGGUGUGGCCUUGGGCCGAUGCGUUGAAGGUGCCUACGAGGGCGCUGCAGAAAUAUCUAGUUACUUGGCCAGAUAUGCACGUCUGUAAAUGAUACAUUUGUUCCGACCAGUGUUGUGCAAAAUCAAUCUCCAAUUUUGUCUGUUCA